AUGUUGUGGCGCGGCAUAUCUGGAUGUGUGCCAAAACGGAAAACAGGAAAAUUUGCCUUACAGGGGAAUCUGAAUGUUGCCAUCAUUUGGGGGGGUGUUGGCGCUUUGGCGGCUCAGAAGACCCGGGGCCGUGCAAUCAUGCCUUCAUGGUGGGAGAAGCGUGCUGGCAACGAUUGGCGCGGCUCCCCGCGAGGAAGCGCUUCCGAGCGACUGGUGCAUGAGCUGAAGGUCUUUCCCAACCACAAUACGUACAAUGGGGCUUGGCUUAACGGCCGUUGCCACGGCGAUGGUCUCUACACUUGGAGUGAUGGCAGCGAGUAUGCUGGCGAGUUCCGCGAAGGUUUGAUGUGGGGUCAAGGUGAAAAGCGGUGGUCAAACGGAAGGCGAUACUGUGGAGAAUGGGUGCAGGACAUGAUGUGGGGGAACGGCGAAAUGCACUGA